GCCAUGAUGAAGCUAUGCUGAUGCGGUGGUGGUGAGAUUGUUGCCGCCGGCGUGAAAAAAUCGUUACUAACCGUUACGUUAAAUUAUAACUUCCUCCUUUUAAUCGUUUUGUUAUGAUUCUGGCCAACUUAGCGAAGAUCGAGAGAGCUUUUAUAGGGUUCCCCAAAACGCUGCGUUUUACUUCUUCUUCUUCUUCUUCCUCUGUAUGCUUCACUGCAAAAACCAAACACUCGUCGAAGCUUUCAUCAAUGGCGAUCUCUCAGGUUGCGUAUCUGAUCCCAUUGAAAGCAGACCUAAAGGAAGACGAUUCAUCUCCUCGAAUAACCUUAUCCGAAGGUCCAAACACCAUCGGACGCGGCAACAACGUUACAAUCACAGACAAACGUCUCAGCCGCAAACACAUCACCAUAACUACUUCCACCUCUGGCUCAGCCUCCUUAUCUGUGGAAGGAACGAACCCUGUGGUUGUUAGAUCUUCUUCCGGAGAGAGGAAGAAAGUGAAUCCACGCGGAGAGGUUUCGUUAGCUAAUGAUGAUCUUAUCGAACUGAUCCCUGGUCAUCAUUUCUUCAAGCUAGUCUUGUUGUUGUCACCUUCUGAGAAUGGAAGAGCUGCUAAGAAAGCUCGAAAGGAAGGAGAUGGGAGUGAUGAUGUGGAGGAGGAGGCGAUUCGAGGUUUUGUUCCACCGAGUGAGAAACUAGCUUCGACGUUUCGGCUUUUGAGUGUUGACGGGUUGCCUGAUUGGGCUAACACCUCUUGUGUUUCCAUUAAUGAUGUCGUUGAGGGAGAUGUUGUUGCUGCAAUUUUAUCGAAUUAUAUGGUUGAUGUAGACUGGUUGGUCUCAGCUUGCCCGAAACUGGCCAACAUUCCUCAAGUUAUGGUCGUUCAUGGAGAAGGUGACGGUAGGCAAGAGUACAUUCAGAGGAAGAAGCCAGCUAAUUGGAUGCUUCAUAAGCCUCGUUUACCUAUUUCGUUUGGUACACAUCAUUCAAAGGCUAUUUUCCUUGUCUAUCCUCGAGGAGUGAGAGUUGUAGUACACACUGCGAAUCUGAUCCAUGUUGAUUGGAACAACAAAAGCCAAGGUUUGUGGAUGCAAGAUUUCCCUUGGAAAGAUGAUGAUGAUGGCAAAGAUGCACCUAACGGUGGCGGGUUUGAAGAUGAUCUCGUCGAUUACCUCACUGUUCUCAAGUGGCCUGAGUUUACGGCAAGCUUACCUGGUCGUGGUAAUGUCAAGAUCAAUGCAUCCUUCUUCAGAAAGUUUGAUUACUCCAAUGCUACGGUUCGACUAAUUGGAUCAGUCCCUGGGUACCACACUGGUGCGAACAUGAGAAAAUGGGGACACAUGAAACUAAGGACGAUUCUUCAAGAAUGCAUUUUUGGCAGAGAGUUCCAUAGAUCCCCAUUAGUUUAUCAGUUUUCUUCACUCGGUUCUUUAGACGAGAAGUGGUUAGCUGAGUUUGGAGCUUCUUUGUCUUCUGGUAUAACAGAGGAUAGAACUCCUCUCGGUCCUGGGGAUCCAUUGAUAAUAUGGCCUACAGUAGAAGACGUCAGGUGUUCUUUAGAGGGUUAUGCUGCUGGCAAUGCAAUUCCAAGCCCAUUGAAGAACGUUGAGAAACCAUUCUUGAAAAAGUAUUGGGCAAAAUGGAAAGCGGAUCAUAGUGCUCGCGGUCGUGCAAUGCCGCAUAUAAAGACGUUCACACGUUACAGCGACCAGAAGCUUGCAUGGUUUUUGCUAACCUCAUCGAAUCUUAGCAAAGCGGCUUGGGGAGCACUUCAGAAAAACAAUUCCCAGUUGAUGAUCCGUUCCUAUGAGUUGGGAGUCUUGUUCUUACCUUCUCCAGUAAAAACACAAGGUUGUAACUUUUCAUGCACCGACAACAACUCUGUGAAGGCAAAACAAGAUACGAAAGAUGAGGUGGAGAAGAGGAGUAAACUAGUGACAAUGACAUGGCAAGGAGACAGAGAUUCGCCUGAGAUAAUCUCACUCCCAGUUCCUUAUCAACUACCUCCUAAGCCAUACUCAUCUGAAGAUGUUCCAUGGUCAUGGGACCGAGGGUACUCGAAGAAGGAUGUGUAUGGGCAAGUCUGGCCAAGAUAGUUGGCUUUAGCUAUGUUAUGACUUGAAACUGAGAGAGUGGGUUUGUAGGUUUUGCUCCCUUGAUGUUUUAGAAUUAAGCAUGCAUAUUAAUAAAAGAUAUUUAACUUUGUACCUUUUAAGAAAACAAAAGAUUAUUAAUAUAUCUAUCUACUUAUCUAACAUAA